UUCUUUAGAUAAACAAAGUCUUAUGCUUUUGUUUUGUUUAUGUAAGCUUCUUACUAAAAAAAUUAGAUUUAUUUUUUAAUAUUAGAGGAAAAUAGAGAGAAUUUAAGAUAAAGAAUCUAUGAGCCAAUGAUUCCAUUCAUCUUCUUUGUGAAGCUUCCCAGUUAAAUUCCAUUUUUCUUCUUUUUUCUUGGAGGUUUCUCAUUGGUUUUCUCGAGAAUAUGUGGUUUAUGAGAAGAGGAUAAGAGUGAGAGAGCUUCACUGUAGCUUCAAAAAAAAAGUCUUUAACUUUCUCCUGCUUCUCUUUAGCACCUUUCAACAGAUUUGUUUGUGGAAUCUUAAUGGAGCAAAUAACAAGAAGAAACAUCAACACUCUCUCUCUGCUCUUACUCUUCUUCUUAACCUUCACUUCAACAACAGCCACAACCUCAAGCUGUCGGCGAAGAGCUGUGAAACACUUAUCCACAACUCAAGCUACAUCACUCGAAUCAAGAAUCACUUCCAAGGUUAUAUUACUUAGCAUCGUCUCAGGUGUUCUAACAGGGCUGCUCUCGGCUUUAGCCUUAGCCUUCUUGGUCCGUUGCAUCGUCAAGUACAUGAAACAAACACCAAUCCUCAAAGGCCCCGUCGUCUUCUCCCCCAAGAUCACACCAAAGUCUCUCCACGCAGCUCUCGGUAACAGCAUCCACCUCCUUGGCUCGGACCCUAACGGUAAAUACCACAAGACGGUGCUCGAUAACGGUCUAGUGGUUGCGGUAAAGAAGCUAAGCUACAGCUCACCAGAAGGAGGAGCAGCUAGCAAGUCGGUUAAGAGAAGGCUGCAGAAGGAGCUUGAGCUUCUUGCUGGUUUAAGGCACAGGAACGUCAUGAGCCUUAGAGCUUACGUCCGCGAAUCGGAUGAGUUCUCUCUCGUCUACGAUUACAUGCCCAACGGUAGUCUUGAGGAUGUGAUGAGUAAAGUUAGAGGGAAUGAGAUGGAGCUUGGUUGGGAGGUUAGGCUGAGGAUUGCUGUUGGGGUUGUGAAAGGGCUUCAGUAUCUUCAUUUCGGCUGUGAGGAGCAACAGAUUCUUCAUUAUAACUUGAAACCUACGAAUGUGUUGUUGGAUUCUGAGUUUGAGCCUAGGCUUACUGAUUGCGGGUUGGCUAAGAUCAUGCCUAGUUCACAGACAUCAGUAGUGUCUUGCUACUCUGCUCCUGAGUCAUCUCAAAGUAACAGAUAUACAGAGAAAAGCGAUGUGUUUAGCUUUGGGAUGAUAUUGGGUGUUCUUUUAACCGGAAAAGACCCGACGCAACCUUUCUGUGUAGAAGGUGCAAGCGGAGGCAGCUUAGGACUGUGGCUGAAGCAUUUGCAGCAAUCAGGGGAAGCAAGAGAAGCGUUAGAUGAGAGUAUACUUGGUGAAGAAGUGGAGGAAGACGAGAUGUUAAUGGCUUUACGGAUCACCAUCGUCUGCCUUUCUGACUUUCCUGCAGAUAGGCCUUCGAGUGAUGAGCUUGUCCAUAUGCUUACACAACUCCACAGCUUUUAGCCUAAAAUGUUCUUGUACCAAAACCUAUUCAAGCAUCUGUAGUUACAUCCCAAUAUGUUUCUUAUUCUCUUA